GGCUCCUGACAGCGUGUGAUUGACGGAAUCUCGCUCUCGACGGAAGCAUAUAAAGGGACGUAGCCGCCUGCCUCGCCAUUCAAACACAGCAGAGACACAGAGCGAGAGAGGGAGCCCGCGGAGCGCUGACAUCCACGGGAGUUAAUCAAAGAACAAACAAAACCCCCCAACCCAACCCAGAUUGAUAUCACAAAACGGAGAGGCAACCAAGUCUCUCCUGAAUUCAGUCGACUUAAGCUUUGGAGAAUUCUUCGAUUUGCUGUGUUAUAACGCUGACACGGUUUGGAUUGUAUCUGUUUCUAGCUUGCUGGACAGAGGCAAAGUCUAUUCAGGAUGGCUGCAGUUUUCUCGUGUGUUGUAUUCCUGCUGUCCGUUGCCCAGACUUUUUGCACCGGCAUCUUCGAGCUUAAAGUGGACUCGUUCAGCAGCCGCCAAUCUGGGUUGUCUCGCAGUUGUCAGAGAGGCCAGCAGUGCGGCCGUUUCUUCCGGGUGUGUCUCAAGCAUUAUCAGGUCAACAUCUCGCCUGAGCCUCCAUGUACCUACGGAGUUGGCAACACACCGGUCUUGGGACCAGGAGGCGACAUGAUUCGCGAUAGCGAGCCCAUACGGAUCCCCUUCCAUUUCACAUGGCCGGGAACUUUCUCUCUGAUCAUCGAGGCAUGGAAUGCGGAAUCUAACGAGCCCAGCACCGAUAACCCCCAGAACCUGAUUAGCCGCCUGGCCACCGGUCGCCGCCUGGCGAUAGGUGAGGACUGGUCUCAGGACGUCCAGACGGUGGAGCAGAGCGAACUGCGCUACAGCUAUCAUGUGGUGUGCGGCGAGUUUUACUACGGCGAGGGCUGUUCCGUCUACUGCCGACCCAGAGACGAUAACUUUGGCCACUACAUCUGCGAUGAGACCGGCCAGCGAGUCUGCCUGCCCGGCUGGAAGGGCGAUUACUGCUCCGAACCUAUUUGCUUGCUGGGUUGCCACGAUAAAUAUGGAUACUGUGGAAGGCCAGGAGAAUGCAUAUGUCGCAUUGGUUGGCAGGGGCGGUUCUGCGAUCAGUGCAUUCGCUAUCCCGGCUGCCUCCACGGUGUGUGCCAGGAACCCUGGAAGUGCAAUUGCCAGGAGGGCUGGGGUGGCCUCUUCUGCAACCAGGACCUCAACUACUGCACCAACCACAAGCCGUGCACGCACGGAGCCACCUGCUCCAACACCGGCCAAGGGAGUUACACCUGUACCUGUAAGCCCGGCUACAGCGGCACCAACUGCCAGAUCGAGACCAAUGAAUGCGACAGCAAUCCCUGCAGGAACGGAGGCAGCUGCACGGAUCUGGAAAACAAUUACACCUGCACCUGUCCUCAGGGAUUCUACGGCAAGAACUGUGAGAUCAGCGCCAUGACUUGCGCCGACGCGCCUUGCUUCAACGGCGGCUCGUGCAGCGAGAAGCCGCACGGCGGAUACACUUGCCGAUGCCCGGCUGGUUUCACGGGCUCCAACUGUGAGAAGAAGAUCGGCCGUUGUACCAACAACCCCUGCGUAAACGGUGCGUGUUACGUUCUUGGCCGUAGCUUCAUCUGCCGCUGUCGGACGGGGUUUGUCGGGACGAGGUGCGAGGUGAAUGAGGACGACUGCGCCAAGGGCCCCUGUGCCAACGGUGGCACUUGCCUGGAUGGCAUCAACUCCUACACAUGCAGCUGCACCCUGGGCUACGGCGGCAGGGACUGUAGCGUACGCAAGGACUCCUGCGCCAGUGGGCCCUGCAGGAACAACGCCAUCUGUUACACCCACUACACCGGGCACGUCUGCAAAUGCCCAGCCGGCUUCAUGGGGCCCAACUGCGAGUUCCACGUUAGGCCCACCACCCCCACCGAGGCGGACAACCCCUUCCCCGUGGCCCUGGCCAUCUCUGUCGCCCUUGGCUUCGUCACCCUGACCCUGGUGGUGUUUGCAGCCGUGGUCUUCCUCAAGUACCUGCGCAGGACCCAAGGCGGCGGCAGGGCCUUGCGCAACGACCUGGAGACCAUCAACAACCUCUCGGACUACCAGAAGGAGAAGGAGGCCUUCAUCAUCUCCACGGGACAGUUCAAGGUGUCGAACAAGGAUGCGGAGUUCAGCACCGACUGCCUGACCGACAAGUUUAACUGUAAACAGAAACUGGAUUACAAUCUCGCCGGGCAUCUGAAAGAGGAGCGGCCUUUGAAAAAGAAUCUUGAGAAUAAGAAACCUGAAAGCCAGCAAUCGUCCAAGCCCGCGAGCUGUUGUCCAAAGGAGGGAUUGUACCACCCGAUGUACAUCGUGUCUGAAAGAGUGGAGCCGUGCAUAUUUGCAACUGAGGUAUGAAUUCAAUCUCCUCACACUCCAAGCAGCUGAUGCUUCUCCUGUUUCUGAAUGUUUACAGAUUUAAUGGACUCUACGGGGUUGUUUUUUUUGUUGUAUUCCUGUAUUUAAUAUUUAUUCAUGCUGCUCGAUCUUCUGGGAUGGAGAACCUCUUCUGUAGCUGAGGACCGUUGCCGAACCUGGGCUUUUAGGAUAAUGAAGAUUGCCUCCUGACUCCUCUUUGGAAAGCUGGGGAAAAAACAUUUGCACUAUUUUCAAAAAGGCACAAAAACAAAAAAAAUGAAAUGCCUAAACAAAAAAAAACAAACUGCAUCCCAAGGACUGAAAACAACGGUGGAGGCGGAAAAGGCAGGACCUUUUAAACCGAUUGUGAACAUGAGUUCUGAACCUGAUCUAUGCGACAGUACUUGCGUAUGGGCCCCCUUUUACUAAAAAGUUGCUCUUUCAUUAUGCAACGAAUCUCGAAGGGGCUGUAACUGUGGAAUAUUGUCCUGCUCUCUCAGUUAAAAUGACAGACAAUAUCAGAGGCUCUCAAGAACCCAGCCUAGCCAUCAGAACAAGAGGCACACACAGUAUACGUGUCCGUAGUUACGAGGUCGGACAGUUGAGUUCAAGGCGGAGAUUGAUCCAGACUUCAGUAAAACCCAUUUGUGAACCUAUGCUUCAGGACACCUUUGCCUCCCAUAGACUUGUCCCCUUCUCUAUAUAGUCAACUAUGGGGGAAAAUGCUGUGUAUACUGUGUCUUAUCAUGAAGGACUACUUUUUAUUAACUAAACAUGGCAAAUUAUUGCAUUUCUGUUUCAAAGUCAAGCCAAUGUUAUUUUAAUAUUUUAUAAUUUAAGAAUUUUUGAUAUGCAUACAAAAUGAAAUAUACUUUUUCUAAUUUUAUUUUGUACAUAGUGUAUAUUUAUAAGAGAUUUGUACAGACGUUUAUCUAUUAUGUUUUAUAUAUGUCUUUCUGUUGAAGAGAAGUUGAAAUUUAUUUUUUUCCAAAUAAAUGAAAAUAAUUCUA